GUUUGAUAAACAACAUCAGGUAUAAAAACAUGAUUCAGAAUUCAUUUCUAUAAACACUUUAUUUUAUUGUCCUUUACUAUUUAGCAGCGAUAAAUAAAUUUUAAAUAUUUGAAUUUCACUAGACAGUGUCAUCUAAACUGAAACAAAAACAGUGACAAAUGAGAAAUUAAAAUAUCAUUUUCUACUUUCCAAAUUUGUAAAAUAUAAAUUCUAUACUAAUAAAACUCAACAAGUAAUAAUGGAAGCAAUUAUAAAUCCACUAGAAGCUGUAAAACUUAUACCAAUCUUCAAUUACAUUAAUAUGCUUAGUGAUUUUUUAUACUUUGAAUAUUACCUCAAAGAAAUCGAUCAAAAUAAACAGAUACCAAUUGUUAAUGCACUUUAUGAAUAUUUAGAUGACCAUCAGAAUAAUAAAUUCAAGAAGACUGAAUUAAUUAGAGUUUUAUUACAAGGAAGCGAUAUGUAUGGAGCAAACAUCGACGAACAUGUUGAUGGCACUUUUGUUAAUGUGAUGUUCGACUAUAUUAUUAGUUCUCUUCUAUUUGACAAGUAUGGUAAUAUUUAUGGGUUUUUGGCUUAUAGUUUUUGUAAAGUAGAAAAUUUAAAAAUUGAAGAAGUGUUAAAUACAAUAAGAAUAAAUCUGAAAAAUGCAUCUUUUGACAAUGAAUAUGGCAAUAGUUCGACUCUCAGUGAUUUAUCAGUGGCAAGAAUAUACAACGACAUAAUAUUACCUCUCUUUCCUCAACCAAAUGAUAGUCUUAAUUUAUUGUCUCUUGAUUAUAUUUAUGCACAAGCUGGUUCAAUGUUUCUACGAGCUGGUAGAAUAAAUUCUGAAUAUUAUCCAUAUUUUAUAAACUAUGUUGCAACACAACCUGAUGAUAAUAAUUUAUUCAAACAAUAUUUGGUAACCGGACAUCUAAUUGAAAAAUUACUUCUUAUUGAUGAAAAAAAUUUCGAAAUACUAAAAGCAUUUGCCCUUCCUGCUCUUUCGUACUAUAUUGUUAAUUUUAAAUAUUUAUUUGAGUAUCAACAGAUGGAUAAUGUAAUUUUAGAAUCAAUUUUCUGGCAGACGGCUUAUAAACAUUUAUUUCAAUAUACAACUAAAAGUUUUAAUGACAUUAAUACUAUGUUAAAGUAUGAUUACACAUUAAAAAUGCACGCAACACUUUCUAGUUUUCAAAGUAGGAUUGUAUUGGCUAAAACUUUCAUGUCGCAACAUUGUCGUAAUUUAAAUCUAAAUGAAACAGAUUCUGCGCUUCAAUUGUAUUUGAAUUAUCCUAAAUCUUUUCUCUGUAAAACUGACAAUGUUUUACCUGAUCCAAAUGAAUAUUUUAGAGAUCAAAUUUAUAGCAUUAUUCAAUUAUACGAAACAUAUGAUUUUCAAUUAAUACAAGAGGCCUUUUCAAAAUAUCUAAUAGAAAAUCUUCAAAAAACUAUAGUUACUAUAAACUUAGUAACUCUUCACAAUGCACAAGAAGAAUCUUUCGAAUCUGAACAUUUGUCGUAUGAUCUAUUGCAAUUUAAUUUUCUCAAUAGCAACAGUUCUGAUUUUUAUAUUUUAAAGCGAGAAGAUUAUAAUGCAAAAUUAAUUAAAUUCGAUGAUGAUACACAAGACACAAAAGAUAUUAAGUUACCUUUAAAAGCAUUAAUCAAUUUUUCAACAUUUAUAAUUUUAAAAACACCUGAUGAAAACAUUGAUGUGUUUUUUAAAAAUUUAAUUAAAUAUAAAAAAACACGAUUAGAGUUUAUUUUAAAAAAUUUAGAAUACAAUAAAGGAAACAGUGAUUGGUGGAAAGAAUUUGGUUUCUCAUUAGUGCCAUAUUAUCCUUGUUUAUCAAAUACAUCAGAGAUAAAUGAUGGGAAUAUGUGUAAAUCAGGUAACAUUGGACUUUUUUACAAAUAUCCACUUGACAUAGCUUCGAAAGCAAUAGACACACAUUCGCGAACUUUACUAUCUUCAUUGGGAACAAAUAUUAAAUCAGUAUAUUUAAAAAAUGCCUCUAACGAAGCAGUAGAUUCAAUUAUUAGUAAAGAACAAAAAUUUAACUACUCAAUAACAAAUACAUUAGAUAGAAAAACAUUAUUUGAGGAUAUUUCUUUACACAUAAAAGAUCCUGAAUUUCAGUUAAAAUUUAUAACUAAAGAAAUGAUCAGUAAACUUGAAAAAGUAAUUAAUUCCUUAAGAGAGAAGAUUGAUUUUAAUUUUACGUCAGUUAUUAGUUGUCUUACGAAGAUAACAACUUUAAAAUCCAUAUCUUUUAGAAACAUCGGUUCAAUUGGUAAAAAUAAAAAUCGUGCUAUUUUCAUCAAUAUUUUGGGUAAUAAAAGUGACACUGGAUAUGGUUAUAAGUUUAUUUUUCUAUCUAGAAAUGUGAAUGAAACUGCACAAUUAAGAACUGGCUAUGAAUUAAAAGAUGAAAGAUUAUUUUCCCAAGGGUACAGGGAAAAAGAAAAGAAAAUGUAUAUUGCUUUGAAUAAUACAACUUUUCAGAUUGAACCUGUUGAUAUUAUGUAUGAAAUUAAUUAUCAACUUCGAAGGAGUCACACUAGACUUUUGUUUUUUGGAGUACCAAUUCAAACUGAUGAUUAUAAUGAGAAUUGUAAAGAUAAUAGAUAUUUUAAAGGAUGGCAAUAUAAUAAGAUGCUUUGUCAUAGGGAACGGCGUUUUAGAGAACAAUCUGCAUACAAAAAAGAAGCCGAAAAAUUUAUUCAUAAAAAUACCAAUUUUCCCAAAGAAUAUAUAAGCGAUAUGCUUGAAAAAUUAAUAUUUCCAGAUAAUAUAACUCUAACGCGUUUUGUCAACGAUUGCUUAAAAGACAAUUCUUUUAAGGCACCUAUUUGGAGUGAAAACUUUACAAUAGAAAAUCCGGAAAUAUUAAAUAAAUUAAGAUACAACUUACGUUUUGAGGAACAUACUACUAUAUCAGAAUAUGAUGCUGAAUUUAGAAUCAAUUAUCUUUAUUCAAAGUUAGAAAGAAGUCAAAUUGAAGAAGGAACAUCGAUAGAAAAUAUAAUUAAAGAUUACAAUAAACAGAAAGCAAGUUUUUCAGUCUCAUUUCAUGAUUACUAUGCAAUUCGAAAUUACGCUACAACAGGAUAUAGAAGAAUAACAGGAAACACUGAUGAAGCAAAACUGAUGAAAAUUGCUUUAUAUAAAUUAGCUAUAAGACAGUCUGAUGAUCCAGUCGAUGAGUUUGACUUAACAUUAUUUAGAGUCGAAUCUAAAUCGAUUGCAUUUCUUAGAAGCAUAUCUCGUAAAAGCAACAUAACUUUGCAAAAAUUUACACAAGUUUCUCCAAGUAUGAAAUCGGCUACAAAAUUUUCUGGUCUUCCAGCAGUUGGAAAUAUAAACAUUGUGUACGAAAUGAUAUUUACUGAACCAUAUCUAAGGGCAAAAAUAUUACAAUUUUAUGAGAGUAUAGAAAAGAAUGUAAUUCUUUUACCUGGAAGCGAAUUUAUAAUCGAUUAUAGUAAAUAUGAGAAUAUUGAAGGUUUAGGCAGGGUUUUAAAAGUAAAGCUAAUAUUUCAACAUACUCCUAAUGAUAAGUAUGUAUGGUAUAAAAAUAUCAUGUUUGAAAUUACAAAUAAACUUUUAAACUAUGUAUGAUAAAUUUAGAAAUUUUUUUUGUAAUAAUUAUUCUUUAAAAUAGAAAAUAGUUGUAAGCAAAUAGGAUUUUAAUUUUGAUGAAAUUAUAAAUUGA